UUCCUUUUCGUUGUAUCUAAACAUAGAAAAUCGUUUCACUCGGAAAUAGAAGUUGAUGACUCUACUUGAAGUAUUUCCUUGCCACACAAUACGAAAACGUUUGGGACUCAGAGCAACAUAAGUUUUUACAGAAGAUGCUGCAUCUCGCGCGAUGGGUUAAAAUUUCCGUGACAUUGUAACGAAACUCGGAGUCCUCUCUGUUGUUAAUAUCUUAACUUUCGUCGUUGUGUAACUGCUUCUCGACUUAUUAACUAGCUCGAUCAAAUUUUUUGAUUCAAUCAAAAAAUUUUCGGAGGACGUCGGGCGGUCGUAGCAAUAAACGAUCCCACGUCCGCAUUUCCGACGACAUCAUCGUCGCCGCCCCCGAGCGUCGGCGGAGUAUCAGUUUCGGCUCGGCAGAGCAAUGUCGGCCCCUCCGUCAAUAUAAGAGCGUCGUCAAUUUGUAAAAUCAGUUCAAUUCGACGAAGACCAAGAUCACUGAAACUCGAAAGAUUUGAAGCUACAAGCGGUGGUACAGAAGUGAAGCUCGAAGAUGAGUACGCCUUUGGUAAAUGUUGUUUUUGCCAUUCUCUCGUUUACAAUGUCCUCAAUGGCGAAAACAUGUCGAGACAGUAUUACAACCCCAGUUUGUCAACAUUUUGUCCAAACAUAUCGUGAUUCCUGCAAAUGGCCGGAGAUGAAGACUAGCUGCCCGUUAACUUGUAAAUUUUGCGUUCCCCCGCCAAGAUGUGCAACUAAGGCCAGCAGAUAUGGCUGUUGCUGGGACAAAAAAACGGAAGCGAAAUCAUAUGCUGGCGACGGUUGUCCUGAAUGUAGGGAUCAGUUUCCAAGCUACUGCAGAGAGCGAAUUGCAAGGCAUCCAAGGAAAAGCGCUUGCAAUAAGCAUGGAAGUAAGAUGUGCCCCAAAAGUUGCGGUGUUUGCGAACACAAGGCCGCUGCGGCUCAAGCGCCGCCUGAAUGUCUUUAUUCCCACUAUGGGUGUUGCUGGGAUCUUACCUCUGCUCAGGGACCUGUUGGCGAAGGAUGCGUAGCUUGCAGAGACCGCCAUGGUUUUAAAAGGCUUUGUAAAUUAUGGAGUCAUUACUGCAAGGACGAAGCUUAUAAGUAUGUCCAGAAAAAUGUCAUCGAUGAGUACAGAGAAACAUGUCCCAUGACGUGUGGAAAAUGCAGGAUAGGACAAAAGAUGUUGGAUCUCUCUGUUUACAAAAGAAACUGAUAUUAUAUGAUAAGUCUACGAAGUCGUUGACGACGGGCGAAAAGGGCGGAUUGGAGGCAGUAAGAGGAGAUGAAAAGUCAUUUCAAUAAGAUAUUUUAUUUAUCAGCAUAUCAUUGGAAUGAUAGUGCUAUCAAGGACUGUACAUUUUGAUAUCGUUAUAUUUAUUAUAUUUGUUAUUAUUGUUAUUAUUUAUGAAUGAUGUUAUUCUCUUUAUUAUUUGUUUACCGCAUUGGUAUUUAAUGUAUUUAUGAACAGUGU